AUGGCUGUUGGCCAUGAGAUCGUACAGCAGCAGCGGCAGCGGGAUCCAGAGCACGGUGGCGGCGGCGAGUCCAGCGGCAAGGACUACACCGACCCGCCGCCGCAGCCGGUGUUGACAGCUUCGGAGCUGCGGAGGUGGUCGCUGUACCGCGCGGCGAUCGCCGAGUUCGUGGCCACGCUGCUGUUCCUCUACUUGACGGUGGCCACGGUCAUCGGGUACAAGCGCCAGGCGGAGUCGGACGCGUCCGGCUGCGGCGGCGUCGGCGUCCUCGGCAUCGCGUGGGCCUUCGGCGGCAUGAUCUUCCUCCUCGUCUACUGCGCCGCCGGGAUCUCCGGCGGGCACAUCAACCCGGCGGUGACGUUGGCGCUGCUCCAGGCGCGGAAGGUGUCGGUGCCCCGCGCCGCGCUCUACGUCGCCGCGCAGUGCCUCGGCGCCGUCUGCGGCGCGGGCCUCGUCAGGGCGAUCCACUCGCCGGACGCCUUCGUGCGGCUCGGCGGCGGCGCGAACGCCGUGGGCGACGGGUACGGCAGGGGCACGGGGCUCGCCGCCGAGGUCGUGGGCACGUUCGUGCUUGUGUACACCGUCUUUUCGGCUACCGAUGCCAAGCGCAACGCGCGCGACAGCCAUAUCCCGGUCCUGGCUCCCCUGCCGAUCGGUUUCGCGGUGUUCGUGGUGCACCUGGCCACAAUCCCCAUCACGGGCACGGGCAUCAACCCGGCAAGGAGUUUCGGCGCUGCCGUCGUCUACAACCAGGCCAGGGCAUGGCAGGAUCAGUGGAUCUUUUGGGUAGGGCCUCUCACCGGUGCGGCCAUGGCCACGCUCUACCACGAGCACGUCCUGCGGGCGAGUGCUAUCAAGGCACUGGGCUCUUUCAAGGCUGGAUAGGCGGUGAGUUCUUGGAUCUUGCGUCGAUCAGUCGUGCCUGGAGUGAAGAGCAUACAUUCGGAGACAGUACGCUCGGAUAAAGCAUCAUGAUCACCUCCUUAAAAGUUGCACAAGGCAGUCUUUCGAUUCUCUCCCCCCGGUCCCCCCUUGGAUCAUGUUCUAUAUGUACCAUUAC